UGGAGCUGCAAUGACAACAUAGACAGCAAGUGCCUUCUCCUGCACUCACUCACAGCGUUAUUUAGUGUCAUGUCGGUUCUGUUCGUGCCAUGUCGACGUGUUUCUGUCCUCUUCCAGUCUGCUAUUGGGUGUUUUCUGCGCCGCCGUGUCCGACAGUGAGCUGCCAGCGCGCCGUUAGCUCGCCUGCUAGCUGAGCCCUGCCGGGUCCGGCUCUCCAUCCUGUGCUGCACAUCACAGCUGCCCAGCCCAUCAGAACCAUGGAGUUUCCUUUUGAUAUUAACCAAAUAUUCCCUGAGAGAGUCUCCAUCUUGGACCAGAGCCUCGUCGCAGGCCGCAGAUCAGCAGGAAGGCCUGAUCUCCAGGCCCACAUAGCCACAGUCAUCGAUGAACUUGGCAGAGCCUCAGCAAAGGCCCAGCAGCUCACUGCGCCGAUUACCAGCGCUUCCAAGCUGCAGACCCAGAAGCAUCAGCUGUACCUGCUGAAGGAUGGAGAGAGCAGCGGAGGACGUGGUUUGAUCGUGGGGUUCCUGAAAGUCGGCUACAAGAAGUUGUUUCUGCUGGACCGACAGGGUGUGCAUAUAGAGGCAGAGCCGCUGUGCGUCCUGGAUUUCUACAUAGCAGAGAACCUGCAGCGACACGGCUACGGGCUGGAGCUGUUCGACUUCAUGCUGCAGCACAAGAACUUCGAGCCGGUGAUGAUGGCUUAUGACAGGCCCUCGCCCAAAUUCCUGUCUUUCUUGGCAAAGCAUUACUGCCUGACGCAGAGCGUUCCUCAGGUCAAUAACUUUGUGGUGUUUGAGGGCUUCUUCCUGAACCGAUCAGCGGCCCAAUUGCGAAAGGUUCCCCCCAAAAAGCCAGACGGAGAGAUCAAGCCGUACUCUUUAAUGGAGAGAGAAGCGGUGCGUCAGGAGCAGAGGACCCGCCCGUGGCCGUUUGCUCCUCCUCACUCCCCCCAGCGGUCGGUAUACUCCCAGUGCUCCCAGUCCCUCAGCAUGAGGUCCUCCCCCAGCAGGGCGCCGCCCCAAGCCGUCCUGCCUUCUUCCCCUGGGGGCAGCAGGAACCAGAACCCACAGUCGCCUCUCAUAGAUCGCUGCAGGGAAAGACGCAGCAGCCAUCAGGGUCUGGCUGCUAGACGCAGUCUGUACAGCCGGCAUAUGGACGGCAGAGCUGCUGGACUGCUAGACCGACCCUUACCAGGUCUGAGAGCAGUGGGACAUCAGUCAUAUGUACUGGGACACACAGACACUCACAGGUUGGCCAGAAUUCACAGAACACAAAUCAGGAGCCCUCCUCCCUCACCGUCACUGCUGUGUGCAUCCAAGAAGGAAGGCGUCUGCAGCCUGACCUCCACAGACAGCACAGACAUGCAUCCUGGUACACGUUCUGAAGCCUGUGGUGCUGAGGAGGAGGCCGAGAUGUUGGACCGUGUGCAGCAUCCAGCAGGAGGCAGCCGCAAACCUGAGCUGGAGAAGGAGCGUGACAGACACAGACCAGGCUGGUCGUGGACUGUAGCGGAGAACUGCUGCACAGCUCAGUGGGUGAAGCAGAAGCAGGAACACAGGAGCACCAGGCCCUGGUGACCAGCUGAUGGCCAACAUGUAGAUACUCAGUUGUUGCUUUCAGACGACUGUGUGCUGAAGAAGCAGUGAUCCGAUACGGAGGUUUCCUGGUGGGGUGCCAAGAACUCUUCACAUUCAGACUAAGUUCAGCUCUCCCAGUCCUUCUGGUUUGAAAGGGAGCUAUUGUAAUGUCUGUCUUGGCUGCUGUCCAUGAUGAGUCAUUCAGAUGUCUACCAGUUUCUUAUCUGGUGGAACAAACUGCUGCUAAAAGCCAAAUAGGGAGCUUCCUGACUCCAGUAGCCAUCAGAUAACAGCAGCCUCAAACCGUCCACAAACAUCUAAACUGCAGAUUUUGUUUUGUCAAAACAAGUUUGACUAAAGUUCUGCCGUCACUGUUCUUA